CUGGAUUUAUUUAUCGGAAAAUGGGGACUGUGGCUGAAGAUUCCGCCGGAAUAUCCCCUAAAGACGGCCGCGGUGGAGAUCAGGAUCUUGAUGCCGGCGCACUCUUUGUCCUGAAAUCGAGAGGUUCGUGGUUGCACUGCGGGUACCAUUUGACGACGGCGAUAGUAGCGCCGGCGCUGCUGAGUUUGCCGUUUGCGUUCACUUUGCUGGGGUGGAGCGGCGGCGUUAUCUGCCUCACCGCCGCCGGACUGGUGACUUUCUAUUCGUACAACCUCUUGUCUAUCGUUUUGGAGCACUACGCGCAGCUCGGAAAACGCCAUCUUCGUUUUCGUGACAUGGCUCAUGAUAUCUUAGGGCCUGGAUGGGGAAAAUACUUUGUGGGCCCACUUCAAUUGGGCAUAUGCUACGGUGCAGUUAUUGCAUGUAUACUUCUCGGUGGUCAAAGCCUCAAGUAUAUAUAUUUAGUGACAACUCGAAAUGGAAGCAUGCAGCUAUACCAUUUCAUAAUAAUGUUUGGAGGGGUAACCCUAAUAAUGGCACAAAUGCCAUCUUUUCAUUCACUAAGGCACAUCAAUCUUGUCUCCCUAUUCUUAUGUCUUGCUUAUUGUGCUUGUACCACAGCAGGCUCCAUAUCUAUAGGACAUUCGAAUGACAAGCCGGAGAGGGAUUACAGCAUCACCGGGGCAGGAUUAAAUCGCGGUUUCGGUGUAUUCAGUGCUAUUUCGAUCAUAGCUACGACUUACGGCAAUGGAAUUAUUCCUGAAAUACAGGCAACCAUAGCACCACCAGUGACAGGCAAAAUGUUCAAAGGGUUGGUGGUGUGCUACUCUGUGGUGGUGACCACAUUCUUUAGCGUGGGGAUCUCUGGCUAUUGGGCAUUUGGAAACAAAUCUCAGGGGUCAAUCCUUUCAAAUUUCAUGGUCAACGGUUUGCCAUUGUUGCCCAAAUGGUUUCUUCUCAUCACCUAUUUGUUCACUCUUGUGCAAGUCUCCGCCGUCGUUUUGGUGUACUUACAACCAACAAAUGUAAUGAUCGAGAGAAGGUUCGCCGACCCGAAAAGGCCCGAAUUCUGCGUCCGAAACGUAAUCCCGCGGCUCGUUUUCCGGUCACUGUCGGUGAUCGCCGCCACCACACUGGCGGCGAUGUUCCCCUUCUUCGGGGAUAUCAUGGCCUUGUUUGGGGCGUUUGGUUGCAUUCCUUUGGAUUUCAUUUUACCCAUGGUUUUCUAUAACGUGACGUUCAAGCCUUCCAAACGGAGCUUUAUUUUUUGGGGUAACGCCGUUAUAGCAGUAGUCUCCACCGUACUGUCCGCCUUUGGGGCUGUUGCCUCUGUCCGGCAAAUAAUUUUGGAUGCCAAAACUUACCGUUUGUUUGCCAACAUGUAGCCUACUAUAAAUAGAUUUAUAUAUAAUGAAAAAUAUAUUUUUAUAUUAAUAAAAGACUCUAAUAGAAGUUAUAAACUUAUAUUGUAUUGACUUUGAAUUAAUGAGCCAGGUCUUGGUCUAUGUUUA